CAACUUCCCUUUCGCCCCGUUUCUGUCUGUUCUGUCUCGUCGUGUCAAGUUCGUUCCCCUUUCAUCAUCUCUUUCUUAGACCGAAGAGCGAACAUGAUUUGGUCGAUAAUCUCCAUCGCAAGGAUUGUCGUGCUGGGCAUCGCGAUCUUAUUCAGCUUCGUUACCAUUGCUCUCGCUGGGCAUAUGUACAGCGUUACCGGGGCAGUUAUCGUAUAUGACUUUGAGAAUUUGGCCAUCGCCAUUGCCGUACUCACCAUCAUUUCGGCUCCCGUGUUUUUAGUUGUCGGACUCCUGAGGAAAGGAUCUUGGUUCACGAUGAACGUUGUCGAAGUCCCAGUGUUGGGCUUUCUAAGCAUCAUCUGGUUGGCAAACGGAAUCCUUUACACUGAAUGGGACAGUAUCUUGUAUGCGACUCUUCAGUGCAACUCUGAUCGGCUUAGCGCCAUCGGUCAAACAUUCUGCAGAGAAUUCAAAGCUGUCGAAGCUUUCUCGUUCAUCACUUGGAUCGCUCUUUUCGGAUAUGCCGCUGCGACUAUCGUCUUCUGUCUCAUCGGAAAAUCUCGAGGGAAUAACGUUUGGUUGGUUGAUGCGAGUGCUGCGGAUUACUUCACUUGGAAGAAAAACCCCCAGCGUGAUGCAUCGUUCAUGAGCCAGCCUCAGUAUACCGGGACGAUUCCUACGCAAUUUACUGGCCAGACUAUGGGUACGCAGUAUACAGGUCAACAGCCACAGAUGGGUUACGUUCAACCGGUCGUACAACCCCAGUUCCAGCAGAGUCAGGCCUCAGUGCAGGGACAGACUCUGUAUCCUCCUCAGCACAGUUCGUCCCCUCCAGUUCAUGCUCAGGUUUGAAAAAUCAGUCGUCGUUUUUGCCAAUUGCUGUGGUUAUUUCUUAUUGCGAACAUGAAUGAGACCCUUGAAUGGUAUUCUCUUCGUUGGGUGUUGAUACUUUGUGUAUUGUCUAUAACCUCCGUCCAUGCUCAUGGUACCCUGUUAUUUAUGUAUAUACAUAUUCUACGCUCAAAUAGGAAUCAAUAGUGGUUAA